GAGGAGGAGGAGGAGGAGGAGGCGAUAAUCCGCGCACAGACGGACCCCAUCCGAGCCGCUCGGCAGAAAGCUGCCCAGCAAGCGGAGCGUCGGGAGACCACCAUGGAGCCGCUGUCUCUCCGCGGGGUCGACUCUCCAGGCGGACCGCUGGAAGGACGCGCAGAGUGAUCCGUCCUGCGUGCGAGCAGAGGGGACGGAGGGGGGGAGACGACGCCAGAGAGUUGCCUUGUUUUUGACUUUUUCCACGGGGUUUUUCUCUCCCUCGGGGGCGUUGCGCAUCUUUCUCCCCGGAGCUCCUCCAUCAUCAUCAUCAUCAUCAUCAUCAUCUGAUGCCGGGAGCGCAGCGUCGGGUCAGGGGCUGAUCCGUGCGCGCUCGCCUCGGAUCGUGUCACAUCCUCCUCCUCUUCUUCUUCUUCUUCCUCUCUGCGCAACGCGUUUGGCUGAUUUAUUUUUUUUUAAGGUUUUUUGUUUUGGAGGGGAAGAAACCAGCUCUGGAUUGUUUGGCCCAUCAUAGAAAAAAAGGGAUUAUGAUUUUCUCCGACAUGAGCACGGGGACCAACUCCCCCAAGGUGCAUCCGCCGAACGGGACGAGGUUUUACACAUUCCAGGAGUUUGCUGCACUGACCAAGGAGCUGAACGCCUGCAGGGAGCAGCUGCUGGAGAAGGAGGAGGAGAUCUCCGAGCUCAAAGCCGAGAGGAACAACACCAGGCUACUGCUGGAGCACCUGGAGUGCCUGGUGUCCAGACACGAGCGGUCGCUUCGUAUGACGGUGGUGAAGCGGCAGGCUCAGUCUCCCUCGGGGGUCUCCAGCGAGGUCGAGGUCCUCAAAGCGCUCAAGUCCUUGUUUGAACACCAUAAAGCCCUCGAUGAGAAGGUCAGAGAGAGACUACGGGUGUCACUGGAGAGGGUGUCCGCCUUGGAGGAGGAGCUCACAGCAGCCAAUCAGGAGAUUGUGGCCUUACGGGAACAAAAUGCUCACAUUCAGAGAAAAGUGGCUUCCGGAGACGGAUCGGAGGACAUACUGGAGGGCAGUGAAGCUCAACAGAAGGUCCACGGCAAGCGCCUGUCCAACGGCUCCCUGGAGUCGGCCCACGAGGCGAGCCAGGUGGUGGAGCUGCAGGACCUGCUGGAGAAGCAGAACUACGAGCUGGCCCAGAUGAAGGAGCGCAUGUCCUCCCUCUCCUCCCGGGUCUCCGAGGUGGAGCAGGAGCUGGAGACCGCCCGCAAGGACCUCAUCAAGUCGGAGGAGAUGAACAACAAGUACCAGAGGGACAUCAAAGAGGCCAUGUGUCAGAAGGAGGACAUGGAGGAGCGGAUCGUCACGUUGGAGAAGCGCUACCUGAGCGCCCAGCGGGAGUCCACCUCGGUGCACGACAUCAACGACAAGCUGGAGAACGAGCUGGCCAAUAAGGAGGCGUUCCUCAGACAGAUGGAGGAGAAGAACAGGCAGCUGCAGGAGAGGCUGGAGCUCGCCGAGCAGAAGCUGCAGCAGACGAUGCGGAAGGCCGAGACGCUGCCGGAGGUCGAGGCCGAGCUGGCGCAGAGGAUAGCGGCCCUCACGAAGGCGGAGGAGCGUCACGGGAGCAUCGAGGAGCGAAUGAGGCACUUGGAAUGCCAGCUGGAGGAGAAGAACCAGGAGCUGCUACGGGCUCGACAGAGGGAAAAGAUGAACGAAGAGCACAACAAGCGACUCUCGGACACGGUGGACAGACUCCUCACCGAGUCCAACGAGCGUCUCCAGCUCCACCUGAAGGAGAGGAUGGCAGCGCUGGAGGAGAAGAAUCUGUUAAUCCAGGACUCGGAAGGUUACAGGAAACAGUACGAGGAGUCGAUCCAAGAAAAAUCUCAGCUGGCAGACGAGAUCGAGAAGCUGAGAUCAGAGCUUGACCAAUUCAGAUUGAGGGCAGGCUCCCUCACAGAACCCACCCUGUCACGGUCUCAUCUGGACACGUCGGCCGAGCUCCGAUUCUCCUUGGGAUCGCUGGCUGAAACCCAGUCGGACCACUAUCGCUCGGCCAAGGUCAUCCGCCGGCCGAGGAGAGGUCGGGUGGGUCUGCGUGAAACCAAGGCUAAAUCUCUGGGGGAGCAGGAGUGGCGCUCGCAGCAGCUCGGGGUUCUAGGAGGCCACCACUUCGAGAGCGACACGGAGAUGUCGGACAUCGACGACGACGACAGGGAAACGCUGUUCAGCUCCAUGGACUUGCUCUCGCCCAGCGGCCACUCCGACGCACAAACCCUGGCCAUGAUGCUGCAGGAGCAGCUGGACGCAAUCAACAAGGAGAUCCGGCUGAUCCAGGAGGAGAAGGAGUCGACGGAGCUGCGGGCGGAGGAGAUCGAGAACCGGGUGGCCAGCGUCAGCCUCGAGGGCCUCAACCUGGCCCGAAUGCACCACCACGGAGCCUCCAUCACUGCCUCGGCCACCGCCUCCUCCUUGGCCUCCUCCUCCCCGCCCAGCGGACACUCCACGCCCAAACUCGACCCCCGAAGCCCCGCCCGCGACAUGGAGCGCAUGGGGGUGAUGACGCUGCCCAGCGACCUGAGGAAACACAGGAGAAAGAUUGCAGCCGUGGACGAGGACGGCCGAGAGGACAAGGCCACCAUCAAGUGCGAGACCUCCCCGCCUCCGACGCCGCGCACCGUCCGGAUGACGCACACACUGCCAGCCUCCUCGCACAACGACGCACGAGGGAUCGUGGCCUCCCUGGAGGCUGAGGCCAGCGCGCUGAGCAGCGUCGCCAGCAGCCAGGACUCCCUCCACAAGCAGCCGAAGAAGAAGGGCAUCAAAUCCUCCAUCGGACGGUUGUUUGGCAAGAAGGAGAAAGGCAGAAUGGCACAUAUGGCACACAGACACGUCAUGGUAGAUCCACAAGCCACCAUGAUGGACGACAUGGCGGGCCAGGACAUGGGGGUGGGCAAGCUGGGAACUCAGGCCGAGAAGGACCGCAGGUUGAAAAAGAAACACGAGCUGCUGGAGGAGGCCAGGAGAAAGGGUUUACCUUUCGCCCAGUGGGACGGUCCCACGGUCGUAGCCUGGCUGGAGCUGUGGUUGGGAAUGCCAGCCUGGUACGUGGCGGCGUGCCGAGCCAACGUGAAGAGCGGCGCCAUCAUGUCGGCCCUGUCCGACACCGAGAUCCAGAGGGAGAUCGGCAUCAGUAACCCCCUGCACCGGCUCAAGCUGCGCCUGGCCAUCCAGGAGAUGGUCUCCCUCACCAGCCCCUCGGCCCCGCCCACCUCCAGAACCCCGUCAGGCAAUGUAUGGGUGACCCAUGAGGAGAUGGAGACCAUGGCAGCCCCUUCCAAAACGAAGUCACAGUCUGAAGAGGGGAGCUGGGCUCAGACUCUAGCUUAUGGCGACAUGAACCAUGAGUGGAUAGGCAACGAGUGGCUGCCCAGUCUCGGUCUACCUCAGUACCGCAGCUACUUCAUGGAGUGCCUGGUGGACGCGCGCAUGCUGGACCAUCUCACGAAGAAGGACCUGAGGGUGCACCUCAAGAUGGUGGACAGCUUCCACAGAACAAGUUUACAAUAUGGAAUCAUGUGUCUGAAGAAGCUCAACUAUGACAGGAAGGAGCUGGAGAGACGUCGAGAGCACAGCCAGCACGAAAUGAGAGACGUGCUGGUGUGGAGCAACGAGCGGGUGAUCCGCUGGGUGCAGAGCAUAGGCCUGAGGGACUACGCCAACAUCCUGCUGGAGAGCGGCGUGCACGGAGCUCUGGUCGCCCUGGACGACAACUUCGACUACAGCAGUCUGGCGCUGCUCCUCCAGAUCCCCAACCAAAACACUCAGGCACGUCAGAUCCUGGAGCGAGAGUACAAUAAUCUGCUGGCGCUGGGCACCGACAGGAGACUGGAUGAGUGUGAUGACAAAGACUUCCGCGGUCCGUCGUGGAGGAGGCAGUUCCCUCCCCGGGACGUCCACGGUAUAAGUAUGAUGCCCGGCUCAGCAGAGACGCUCCCCGCUGGAUUCCGUCUCACGGCGACGUCCGGCCACUCGCGAAGACUUCCGCCUGAGGUCGGACCCUCUGCAGUGCAGCGGCUGGACAGCUCCACGGUGAGAACCUAUUCCUGCUGAGGGGAGGAGGAAGAGAGGGACCUUAAACUGUACGCUGUACAGUUCUGAAUGGAGAUAACUGGGGGAGCCGCUGGAUGGGCCGACCUGCCGAGGAGACAAAACCAUUCUGACGACACGCACUGCCAAGAAGCCCUGCUCUCCUCUCCGUCCUCCCUCCCUCCCCUCCUCCCCUAACCCGACUCCCCCCUCCCCUUCCCCUCCACGCCCACCUACAAUGCGGGCACCAGACGCCGGUGCUAAUCUGUCCUGCAGGCUGCCCCCCCACCUUGUCCCCAUUUCUACCUUUUACAUGUACAGUAACUUGUCGAAGCAUAACGUACUGUGUAUUUCUUCUACAGGAGAUGUGUAGGUUUAUCUGUACAUAAAUAUGCCAUUUUUUUAAUAUAUACACACAUCUAUGUAUAAAAAAAAAAGAUAUUGAGAGUUUGUGCAAAAAAAAAAAAAAAAACGUCCCUGCCACCUCAUUUAGUGGACCAUAGAUUAAUAUAUGCUGCUCUUUAAACUGUCUCCAUACCCCCUCCACCCUCCACCCUCCACCCUCUAGAUCAUUUUGUACAUAUGGUUUUAUUUUUUCAUUGUGCUGAUGAUGAUGAUGCUGAUGAUGAACCUGUGCUGCGCCAUAGAGAGAGGAGUCGUCUGGAUGUUGUGUGAAAACCCGCCCUCUAGCGGCGUAGUACAAAUAUAACCACUCUGAGCCCCACCGACAACACGUCAUUAUAUCCCUUUUUCUUUACGGACUCCCGACGGGAGCGUUUUUGUAUUAAAAAAAAAAAAGAGAGAGAGAGGAUGCGUCGACGCAACCGGGGACGACGUGACAAGCACUUUGAUACAACCGCAUCAACUCUCAACGGACUAAUCGGUAGCCAAGGACACACGAAUAAAAAACAAGCAAAAGAGACGCCGCUGCUCUCCGAAGCUGCACAAGAAACCUUCUCUCAGAGAACAAGACAACAAAAAAGAAGAAGAAGAAGAAGAAGAAGCAGGACGUCGUCCGUAGAACCUGUCACUUGUUGUACUGUAUGUUUUUUUUGUCGGGCGAACACGUCAACACAAAAUGGACAACUAACACAACUCAGCCGAGCUGGCCUUCUCCCCCUCCCCCCCGUCAGACACCACGUCGACAGAACCGAGGAAAUAACUGAAAGACAGACUGCUUUAGCUCAUCGUGUGCGUAGAGUGUAUAUGACAAUGUUGAAGUGAGGUGACCUUUAAUGACAAAAACCCUGUUGCUUGCUGUGACUUACAUUGGUGUAACUGUUGACUCUUUGUUUACGUCGUGGUGGAAGGGGGCGUGGUCGAUCCUAAGGCCCCUCCCCUCCCCCCCGCUCAGCGUUUUCUGUCUUUGAGUUAUUUCUGAUGGACGACUGGAACCGAAGUCUUACGCUUUUUUUUUUUUUUCUUUUUACAUCUUUUUUUUUUCUCGAUUUGCACGAACAAUGAAUCGUUUUGUUAUUUUGUGUCCAUUUUUUUUUUUUUAUUUAUUCUUGUACUUUGGUCAAAACUAAGUGGUGAGCAAGCAAAAUUUUCAUUGUCAAUAAAAAAAAAAAAACUAC